CUUUUUCGACAGCAAGCAAAAUGGCCGCAACUCAUUGUGAUACGACAGACGUGUUGGAAUUUUUGCGUGAUGUCGUGUGUUUUUUGUAGUAAAUAAACAUUAUUGUUAAAGUGGCGUGUUCCUUACUAUAGUGUUCAGUGGUAGUGCAUGCUGUGUUCUCCCCAGUGAUCACGUUGUGAUUAAACAUCCAUCUAAAAAGGUGUUUUCUCUGUGUUUUGUGUCUUGUUUUCGUCUGUAAACUUACCCUGACAUCUGUUUUGGAUUUAUGUUCACUUGAAUACGGUGAUGCUGGGCGGGGCGGGGUCGCCGGGUGGCGACGACUUGCUCACCGUCACCGUCGUCCGAGAUGAGAAUGGAUAUGGCAUGAAAGUUUCUGGCGAGGACCCCGUAUACGUACAGUCAGUAAAGGAGCACGGCGCGGCGUGGCGAGCUGGACUCCGCUCCGGAGACAGGAUCCUGCGCGUCGACAACGUGCCAGUACAUCACCACACACACCAACAAGUCGUGCAUAUGAUACGAGCGAACCCAUCCACCGUGUUAACAGUACAGCAGAACUCUUCGAGACAUAAAACGCCGAUCACAGCACCAGUGCCAGUUAACUCGGAGAAGCAGCGGCAGCUGGAGGUGUCCAAGGUGCACACCGUGCGGCUGAUGCUGGAGCAGGAACAGAAGUUCAUCAGGGAUCUCCGCAAUGAACUUCUAAAAGUUCCCGACGUGAGAAAGCAAGCUCAACUGGAAUCCGCUCAGCAGCGCUGCUCCAAACUACAACAUGAGAUCGACACGAUCAUGGCCGGACAGCCGGGCUCCCCCGGCCCCGGGCCGCGGCCCAAGCAGGCCGAGCGCGGCGGCGCGCAGCCCGGCGGCUUCCUCAGCGGCCUGCCGCGCUCGCUGUCCAACCUCACGGGCCAGAGCCUGCGCAACCUGCGCAACAGCCGCGCCAAGCAGGCCGAGCCCGCGCCGUCCCCGCCCGCGCCCGCCCCCGCCCCCCUCGUGCGCCAGAACUCGGACGACGUGGCGCGGCGCCGGCCGCACCCCCACCAACACCCGCACACGGUGCCGCUGGUGCCCACCACGUGCCUGGACAACGUCACGCCGCCGCCGCUGCCGCCGCGCUCCACCGACCGGCCCAAGCGGCCCAGCAUGAGCCCGCCCCUCAACCCGCUGGCCAAGCCCAAGCCCGGCCACAGCUCGUCGCAGAAGUACUACGGACGCUACUACGGCGAGCAGUUCGCGAUGCACCAGUCGAUGCACGAGCACCGCCGCUCGUCGCACUCGCUGGACGGCUCGCUGGACGGCGACCUGGACGGGCCGCAGCCCAACUCCAUCGCCAUGCAGAUGAGUUACCCGCUGGUCAAUGUGCCACCGCCGCCGCUGCAGACGGACAACCGGACAGGCGUGCCUGUGUUACACAUGAGGAGUCGCUCGUCUCCCGAACAACUCGACACUGACUUGAAUAGAUCAAGUCUAGUAACGUCUCCGCUGGCGCGGACGGCGCGGUCCCCGCCCGACACGGGCACGCCGCCCCCGGGGACUCCGCCCCCGCCCUACCACACCAACACACAGCCAUGCGCAGAUCCACAGAGAGCCAUCAUCUCGAUGGAAGAAGAUGACUCACCCGCAUCGGACACAUCGACGUACUCCGGUUUAUUCUCAAACCUGCGAUCAGUACGGGAAUCGAAGGCGCGCACAGCAGUACUGCUCAACUGGCUGCUGGGAGAGAGGAGAUGCGCCUGCGCAUGUCUACUGCUAGUACUAACGGACGGGUACCGCAGUGCCAGCGGGGUGCAGACCCACACGCUGCGCCGCUGGGCGUACGAGAUACACUCCACCUUCCUCGUACCUAACGCGGUUCUACAGUUGAGCGGUGCAGACGAGAAUAUGGCGAAUGAAAUCGAACAUGUUUUAGUUAAUGAAUACGAAAAAGAGGAGCUCCUCCGCAACGUGUUCCGCAAGGCGCGACAGAAGGCGAAGGACGAGCUGAGCCAGCAGCUCACGGAGUUCCAGGUCAAGCGGCAGGUCGGGCUCGGCACGCUCUACGGGCCCGAGGACAGCGUCAUCGACAAGUGCGAUGUCGAUAAGGCACAGGAGCUGGUGGUGGUGGAGCAGUUGAUGUGCGGUCAGCUGCGCGCGGUGUGCGCGCUGCCGGCCGGGGCUGCGCACGCGCACGCCGCGCCGCCCGCGCACGACGCGCACGCCACGCUCGUCGCCGCGCUCGUCGCCGCCGCGCUCUGUCUGCACUGCAGGCCCGCGUCAGUAGCAGCAGCCGCAGGCGGGGCGCGGGCCGCAUUCCUGCAGCGCGACAAGCUGUACAAACAGCGGCUGAAGCAGCUGGGCAAGGCGCAGGCCGGGGUGGUGGUCCGCGGGCACCACCUGGCGGCGCAGGCGCUGACGGCGGUGGCGCACUGCCACCAGUGCGGGCUGCUCAUCGCGGGCGUGGCGCCGCAGGCCUACGUGUGCAGCGACUGCCAGCUGCGGGUGCACCGCGCCUGCGCGCGCCACGUGGACGAGGCCUGCUGCCUCGACCACCAGCCCGACUCGCACAACAACAGGAUCUCCCGGUUCAUGGAGCGGAUACAUGCUAAUAAUCAGCCUAAUAAUGUAGACACAAAUGACAAGAAAUCUAAGAAGACAGCGGCGACGACGCAUUUUCUCAACAUGGAAAGAAGUGUACGGAAAACAGAGGAUGACCUGCCCUGGGACCAAACGCUGACUCCCAUCAUCGGAGAGUCGCGGCGCGAGGGCUCGACAGACGAACCGACAGCACCAGACGGUGACGUAGACACCAGCGAUGCUAACACCAAGGAACCUGACAAGGACAACAAUUGGCGGUCCCCGGCGCCAGGUGGCGCGCGCGGCGUGAACCGCGCGGAGAGUUGCCGCGAGCGCGACGCGCCGCGCCGCGGCAAGCACCGCAACGCCAGCGACCCCAACCGGCUCACUGCACACAACAACCAUGACCUGGAGCCUGGCGCGGCUACCGCCCCCUCCGGCAGUUCCAGCAGCUCCAGCCUCUCCUCCAGGAGCAAUGAGAGCAACACCGUCGCUGCUGAGCAGCAAGCGUCUCAGUCGGACUGGUCGGAGGAGGAGGAGCCGCUGGCGGCGCAGUGGGCGGACAGCCUGCCGCCGCACGUGCUGGACGGGCUCGACCUCUCCGCCGCGCUGCGCAAGCGGCAGGAGGUCAUACAUGAACUGAUCGUCUCGGAAGGAUCCCACGUGCGCUGGCUCCGAGUGCUGGGCGGAGUGUUCCUCCGUCCCCUGGAGAGGCACGCGUCCCUCCUGGCGGCGGAGGAGCUCCGCGCCUUGUUCCCCAACCUCCCCGCCGUGAGGGAGCGACACUCCCGCCUCUACUCCGACCUGCGGACCGCCAGGAAUGACGCAGGGAACCAUGUUGUACAGAUCAGACCUGUUGCUGAUGCACUCUUGAAUACGUUGGGAGACUCAGGCUACGCGCUAUGCGUGUCCAAGUUCUGCCGCGGACAGCGCAUGGCACUGGACGCGCUGCGCGAACGAAGGCGCAAGAGUAAGGAACUGCACCAGUUCCUCGCUGCAAGGGAACAGCAGCCGCUCUGUGGCAGGCUGCAGCUCAAGGAUAUGCUGGCUUGUGUCUGGCAGAGGUUGACAAAAUACCAGCUCCUGCUGGAAGGUAUCCUGAAGACGGUGGUGGAGGGCGAGGAGACGGAGGAGGACGUGGCGAGGUUGCGGCGAGCUCACGAUGUCGCCAAGGACGUGUUGCACAGGGUCGAUACUGCUAUCAGAACCGCUGAGAAUGAACACAGACUGCGCACAAUCCAGAGUAAGUUAGAGAUUCGAGUCCCGAGCGCGAGCGAGUGGGACGAGCUGCGCCGCCUCGACCUCACGCAGCAUCGCCUCACCACCGAGGGGGACCUCACCCUCCGGAACGACUCCUCCAAGAGGAUCAAUGUACUCGCGCUGAUGCUGGAAGACAGCCUGGUGCUGCUGCAGCGGGAGAGUGACAAGUUCGUGCUGAAGCCCAUCCCGCUGCCCAGCCAGUCGCUCAUGCUGUCGCCGCUUAUCAAGUGGGACAAGGUUCUGUUCCGGCCCAACGCGGCGGUGCGCAACACAUUCUUCCUGAUGAACAUCAACGGAGUACAGAUGCACGAACUGUCUGCCAACUCCGCGCCCGAGUAUGCCUCCUGGGUGAAGCACAUCCAGGAAGCGCCGCUGGCGAAGCUGACAGAGCUGAAGGCCACCAUCCCCACGCAACACGCGCACUCGCGCUCCGCUGACGACUCCGGAAUAAACGUAUCCCGCAACCCAUCGGACGCUUCAGAGAAAUCAUCGUCAACGGCCCCCGGAGACGAACCGGUCGAACCGGAGAAGGACCGGACCUCUGUAGAGAGGACAUCCGCCGAACGAGAGGACAAGAGGACAGAGGACGACAAGAGGAACACUGACGUUGAGGACAGGAGUUCUACUGAUAAGGAGGCUGAGGUUACUGAGAAGGAGGAUAAGCAUAAGCCCCGGCGCCCGACCGUAGGUCGCAUCAGCACGCAGGCCCCGCUGGGCGCGGCGCUGGAGUCCCCCGUGGCAGUCACCGUGCGGCCCCCCGCCGCCGCCGCCGCGCUCACCGCGCACCGCGUCUACACCCACACUGAGCGCCUGCGCCGCCUGGACUCAGUGAUCGCGAAGGCACUGCGCGCGAAGUCAUCGAUAGUGGGUUCGGUGCUCGGCGUGCCGCCGCAGAGCUACGCGCAGUUCGCAGACCUCGCCGUCGCCGACGCAUUGGGAGAAGUUGACGUAUGCGGCGAGCUGCGGUCGUCCCGCGGCGGCAUGUCCCGCAGCAGUAGCGUGGACGACGACGCGCCCGCCACCGAUCUACACCAACUGCUGCUCGCCGCGCACGCGCAAGCGACCCAGUUGACCCGCUGCCUGCAGCGCGCGCUGUCGGUGUCGGAGGCGGGCGCCGUGGCGGCGCGGGCAAGGACCGGGCGCUGCGACUCCUGCAGGCAUAACACACUCACGCACGCACAUACUGAAUCAUUCGAAAUGCUAUCCGGUCCGGAAGAUUUGGACGUACCUACGGACGGACCCGCAGCGACCCCCAACGUGGGACCCGCGCCAGUCCCCGCCGUGGGUGCCGUAGACCCGGUGGACGCGGAGGUGUUGGAGAAGGAGAUGUCGGAUGCACUGGUGGAGUACGAGCUCCCGCUGGACUCCAGUGGGUGCGAGGACAAUAUGGAAGAUAUGCUGGAGUACGGUGGCGGCGCCCCCCAGCUGGCGACGCGCGUGCUGCGCGUGUCGUGCGGGCUGCAGACCACACUGUCGCGCGCGCUCGCGGAGCUCGCCCCGCUGGCCGCCGCCACCGCCGCAAGACAACACGUCGCCGCGCUCCGCGACCUCAACGACGCACUGCGGGCGCGGACCCUGCAUACUGACCUCCACACGACAGAAGAGAUCUCCAUCCCCAAGGCGGGACUGGACCCCUCUAUACAGGACCAACCAAGUAAUGGCGGGUGAUCUACCAGCCUGUAAGGACAGUAAGCGAGGACCCGACGUACUGGCGUAGUGAUACCUCACUAACAUUGGCUGGCCCACGACGGACACACUAACACGCGACACGACCCAUCAACUAAUGCCUAGCAGUUCCCGACAUCGUCGCCACAUAACAAACAAACAAACAUAUUUUUAUAUAACUGUCUCCGUGUGUUAACCAGCACGACAACUUGUAUAUUUUGUAAUAAUAAAUAAUUAUUAUUUUAUCGUUACAAGUGUAAGUACUGCAUUAUUUAGUAUUAUCCAUUAUUAUUCCAUACGUAAGAUGUUUAUGUGAUCGACUAGAUAGUAUCUUAUUUGUUAUCGUAUCUCGUCAUCUCGAUGUUCGCAAAGAUUAAGUUAUAUACGUUAAAUGUCUGUAAAUAAUAUAAGUGGUUGUAGUAUAUAAGUGACAACUAUGCUGUAUCAUUUAUUAUAUAUGAUUUUGUGUAUA